AUGGCGGAACUUUCACAGGGAGAUGGCGACAUUAUCAAGAACCAUCCUCUAACCGACUCAGUCGAUAGUUUACGAGGCGGAGAGGGUGCAGCCUACAGCCUUCCCUCGCGGAUAAAUGAUGGAAAUAUGGCGUGUGAUCUAGCACAAUUAUUCGAGCGCCUCCAAAAGGCAAAAGGAAACUUCAGGUACGACGACUACCAGCCGCUGGUGCACCUGGUUAUUCAAAGGCCUCCCACUGAAUCCCAGGGCGUCGAAAAAUGGAACAUCGACGUCUGGGAAGCUAUAUUUAACCUCAUUGUCACAAUCCCUCAAACGACACCACCGGCGAGCGUCCCCCCCCCUUCCUUUAACGGCACGCCAGUCAAAUCCACCUCGUCAUCACAGAAAGGCUCCGAGCAGACGCGUGAGUUGGUGAAUCCGAGGAUCUUCGAGGAGAUACGUGGCUGCACAUUUCGAGGCGUCGAGGGCUUCUUUGCGAAGUACUUUGAGGGAGAAGACUGGAGCGACAAAGCAGAUGCCAUCUGUCGACGCGUACUGGCCCCAGACAGCGACGGUAUUUGGGCCCAGUUUCCUGAUCCUCCUACACAGGACGAUGUCCUUGCCUGGUGGUUUCGUCUUCAAGAAGACCUUCUCUCGGAAUCACGCGGCACCUACUACACCACGGUGAGCAAAGCGGAUCUUACCGGUUCGAAUGCGGAACGGCAAGUCGACCUCCUUCUGAGAGCUAGCGGUGCGAGCCCCUCGCGGAACAAACACGACUGGAGAGACAUCCUGGUUGUUGGCGAGCUCAAAAAACCAAAGGAGAAGAUUGGGACCAAAACUACACUGCUGCAGAUGGGUCGCUGCGUGCGCGAGGUCUUUGCCGCCCAGCCUACCCGGCGGUUCGUCCACGCAUUCGCCGUCUGCGGGACCAAGAUGGAGGCGUGGGUGUUCGACCGCUCGGGCCCCUACAGCUCGGGCAUCAUCGACGUCUACGCGGACUCGAGACGGUUCUUUCAGGUGCUUGUGGGCUACACCAUGAUGAGCGACGAGGAGCUGGGACUGGACACCUUUAUUGCUAGGGAUGAAGGCGGCAACAAAUCAAUAACCGUCAAAGGGCCUGGGACCUUGGAGGAAAAGGUGCUGCGGCUGGGUGAAAUGCUUUCCUUUCAGCGUGCCAUCGUGUGUCACGGGACAACAUGUUUUCUCGCAAACGAUGGACAAGUGGAGGGCGUAGCCAAAUUCUCGUGGGUGUCGGACAAGCGGCGGUCGGAGGCGGAACUCCUCGAGCUAGCGGGUCAAAAAAAAUGUCCAAGGGGUCGCCAGGAUCAUUGGCCAUAG